AAAAAUGCAACCAUCUGCCCAAAAUAUCAUAAGUGAUAAAUAAAAUUUCCAGAAACACGUUUAAAACGCAGCGUUCGGAAGAGUCGGCUUCCUCUAGAGGAAAGUAAAAAAUAAACCAGCAAAGCAGGAAAACAAACCCUAGAAAUCGAUAUCCAGAAAAUCAGUUGUUCUUCGAUUCUCUGUGUGAUCUUUUGGUUUCGGCCAUGGAGAAGAAGGAACUCGAAGAAUUGAAUCAUCUCUCUCUCGUAUCCAAUGUCUGUAACGAAUUGGAGACGCAUCUAGGGCCGUCGCCAAAGUAUUUGGCUGAGUUCAUCAUCGAUAUUGGCCGCAACACUGAGACUGUCGAUGAAUUCGAUAAGAAGCUUAAGGAGAACGGCGCGGAGAUGCCGGAUUACUUCGUUCGCUCGCUGUUAACUGUAAUCCACGGGAUUUACCCGCCGCAGCCCAAGUCUGAGAAGAAGAUAGAGGAUGUGGAAGAGGGAGAGCGAGGGAAAUUCAAAGGCUUGGCGAUUAAGGAUACUAAGGAUAAAGUGAAGGAGCUUGAGGAGGAGAUUGAAAGAGAAGCUCGGGAGCGACAGAGAGAGGAGGACCGAAAUAGGGGCCGGGACCGAAGAGAAUCCGGUAGGGAUCGGGACCGGGAUCGGGAUCGAGAUGAUAGAAGGGAUCGGCAUAGAGAAAGACCACCCCGUGGAGAUGAUGAAGGUAGAGAAAGAAGAAGCGAUAGGCAUAGAGAAAGAGAUGAUGCAGGUGGAGAAAGAAGAAGUGAUAGGCAUAGAGAGAGAGCCCGUGGCGAUGAUGAAGGUGAAGAUGGAAGAGGUGACAGGCGUAGAGAUAGGCGUGCCAAGGAUGACCACUUGGAGGAGGAUAGUGGCGGCGGUACGAAUGAGCCGGAGCUGUAUCAGGUAUACAAAGGUAGAGUAACUAGGGUAAUGGACUCGGGAUGCUUUGUUCAGUUCGAUAGAUUUAGAGGAAAAGAAGGUCUAGUUCAUGUUUCUCAGAUGGCUACUAGAAGGGUUGAGAAGGCAAAAGAUUUUGUGAAGCGUGAUAUGGAGGUUUACGUCAAAGUGAUCUCUAUUUCGAAUGAUAAAUACAGUCUUUCAAUGAGAGAUGUUGAUCAGAACUCUGGCAGAGACUUGAUCCCUCUGAAGAAGCCUUCUGAUGAUGAUUCAUCCAGGAGUAACCCGUCGUAUAGAACAAGGGAUGGACAAGUCACCAAGACUGGGAUUUCUGGAAUCCGUAUUGUGGAGGAGAGUGAUGUCGCGCCUUCUCGUAGGCCACUGAAGAAGAUGAGCUCCCCUGAGAGAUGGGAAGCGAAGCAGUUGAUUGCCUCUGGUGCCUUGAGAAUGGACGAGUUUCCGAAUUAUGAUGAGGACGGAGAGGGGAUGCUUUAUCAAGAGGAAGGCGCUGAAGAAGAACUCGAGAUUGAGAUGAACGAAGACGAGCCUGCUUUCUUACAAGGCCAAACCAGGUACUCCGUUGACAUGUCUCCAGUUAAGAUUUUUAAAAACCCCGAAGGUUCCUUGAGUCGUGCAGCUGCACUUCAGUCUGCACUCACCAAGGAGAGGAGAGAGAUGAGGGAACAGCAGCAAAGAACAAUGCUUGACUCAAUCCCAAAGGAUCUGAAUCGUCCUUGGGAAGAUCCUAUGCCUGAAUCUGGUGAAAGGCAUCUUGCUCAAGAGCUUAGGGGUGUGGGGUUAUCAGCUUAUGACAUGCCUGAGUGGAAGAAGGAUGCUUUUGGGAAAACGCCGACUUUUGGGCAGAGAUCAAAGCUUUCUAUCCAGGAGCAAAGGGAGAGCCUUCCUAUAUACAAGUUGAAAAAGGAGCUGAUACAAGCUGUUCACGAUAAUCAAGUCUUGGUGGUUAUUGGUGAGACUGGGUCUGGGAAGACAACACAGGUGACUCAGUAUCUUGCCGAAGCAGGUUACACAACAAGAGGAAAGAUUGGGUGUACUCAGCCUCGUAGGGUCGCUGCAAUGUCUGUCGCCAAGAGAGUAGCUGAGGAGUUUGGUUGUCGUUUGGGAGAGGAGGUAGGGUAUGCGAUUCGGUUUGAGGAUUGUACUGGACCAGAUACGGUGAUCAAGUACAUGACUGACGGUAUGCUUCUUAGGGAGAUUCUGAUAGAUGAGAACCUCUCUCAAUACUCUGUUAUCAUGCUUGAUGAAGCUCACGAGCGGACGAUUCACACUGAUGUGCUGUUUGGUCUUCUAAAGAAGCUGCUGAAACGCAGGCUUGACCUCCGUCUGAUAGUCACGUCCGCCACAUUGGAUGCUGAGAAGUUCUCUGGCUAUUUCUUCAAUUGUAACAUUUUCACAAUUCCUGGAAGAACCUUCCCUGUUGAGAUACUGUAUACAAAACAGCCGGAGUCUGAUUACUUGGAUGCAGCUCUGAUCACAGUUCUUCAGAUUCACUUGACUGAACCCGAGGGAGACAUUCUUCUCUUCUUGACGGGACAAGAAGAAAUCGAUUCUGCAUGCCAGUCUCUAUACGAGAGAAUGAAAAAUCUAGGUCAAAAGGUUCCUGAACUUAUUAUUCUUCCGGUUUACAGUGCCCUUCCUAGUGAAAUGCAGUCUAGAAUAUUCGAUCCUCCCCCUCCUGGUAAGCGGAAAGUGGUUGUAGCUACAAAUAUUGCAGAAGCCUCCUUGACAAUAGAUGGGAUAUACUAUGUUGUUGAUCCCGGGUUCGCAAAGCAGAACGUGUAUAAUCCAAAGCAAGGGCUAGAAUCUCUGGUCAUAACUCCAAUCUCACAGGCGUCUGCGAAGCAGAGAGCUGGACGUGCUGGUCGUACUGGUCCUGGGAAAUGCUACCGUCUCUACACCGAGAGCGCAUACCGUAACGAGAUGCCUCCUACAUCAAUCCCUGAAAUCCAGAGGAUCAAUCUCGGGAUGACAACGCUGACAAUGAAAGCAAUGGGGAUUAACGACCUGUUAUCGUUUGAUUUCAUGGAUCCACCUCAACCGCAGGCGUUGAUAUCUGCUAUGGAACAGCUGUACAGCUUGGGGGCUUUGGAUGAGGAAGGGUUGUUGACAAAGCUAGGUAGAAAAAUGGCGGAGUUUCCUCUUGAACCGCCGCUCUCAAAGAUGUUGCUAGCGAGUGUGGAUCUCGGGUGCAGCGAUGAGAUAUUAACAAUGAUUGCUAUGAUCCAGACGGGCAACAUAUUCUAUCGACCGAGGGAGAAGCAAGCUCAAGCAGACCAAAAAAGAGCCAAAUUUUUCCAGCCUGAAGGUGAUCACUUGACAUUGCUUGCUGUAUAUGAAGCUUGGAAGGCUAAGAACUUCUCAGGUCCAUGGUGUUUCGAGAACUUCAUUCAGUCACGAUCGUUACGGCGUGCUCAAGACGUGAGGAAACAACUUCUCAGCAUUAUGGACAAGUAUAAACUUGAUGUGGUAAGCGCGGGAAAGAACUUCACAAAGAUAAGGAAAGCAAUCACGGCAGGGUUCUUCUUCCACGGAGCGAGAAAAGAUCCGCAAGAAGGCUACAGGACGCUAGUGGAGAACCAACCGGUUUACAUUCACCCGAGCAGCGCUUUGUUCCAGAGACAACCGGAUUGGGUGAUAUACCAUGAUCUUGUGAUGACGACCAAAGAGUACAUGAGAGAAGUGACUGUGAUUGACCCCAAGUGGCUCGUUGAGUUGGCUCCAAGGUUCUUCAAAGUCGCUGAUCCGACCAAGAUGAGCAAGCGUAAGCGCCAGGAACGGAUCGAGCCUCUGUAUGAUCGUUACCACGAGCCUAACUCUUGGCGUCUCAGCAAAAGACGUGCUUGAGAGAGAGAUACUUCACAGAUUUAUUCUUCCUCUUACUUUCGUUUAUUACGCAAAAUCCUCAAAUGUACUCUUUUGUACCUUUCUUUUGUAUUCAAAAAGCUAUAAACGAACAGAAUGAUCUUUGAUUAGCGAUCGAUUUCAGCUGCAUCGUUAUGUUUUCUUUUCAUAUUUCUCGAGCUAUUACUAGUAGAUGUUAUGUAUCUGUUCACUAUCUUGAAAGUUCUCUGAUUCGCA